UGAAUCAAUAACUGAUGACGCGUGACACUUAAAGCUAAAUACUUCCUAUAUUUUCUUCGUUGUUAUUCACGUAUAAAAAGAUCGGUUUAUUCCAGUAGCAGCACAAUAGUCAACAAAACAACUUAGUCAUGAUCUCCCAGUGUGUUCUUUUUCUUGCUUUCUGUGGCAUGUCCUUAGCCCACUUGGGUUACAUGGUUGAUGACAAGUACCCAGUUUAUGAACAUUAUGCCCCAAAACCCUACAAAUUCGGAUACAGCAUCAAAGACAAACACGGAGAACAACACAGAGAAGAAUCCGGUACUGGAGGACAACACGUUGUCGGUAGCUACGGAUUCACCGAUGCCCGAGGAAUCAAAAGACAAGUGAACUACGUCGCUGACAAAGCCGGAUUCAGAGCUAAGGUCCAGACCAACGAACCAGGCACCGCCAACCAGAACCCUGCAGCGGUACUCCUCGUCUCCGAUGCUCCAUAUGUUGGUGGUGAGGGAAACCUGGGUGUACCAGCAGCAACUGCAGGAUACGGUCUUGGAUACGGAUAUGGAGGCGUUGGUGCAGGAUACGGAAAUCUUGGAUAUGGUGGAGCUUAUGGUGGAUACGGAGGUGCUUAUGGAGGAUAUGGUGGUGCAUACGGCGGCUAUGGAGGAUUGGGAUUAGGAAUCUUAGGCGGCUUGGGAUAUGCCAGAUACGGAUAUUAGUACUCCCCACCACUCUUUUUUUUCCACUUAAAUAGCUUCUUAUUAAAAUCAAGAUCCGAAAAAUGAAACUUACAAACUAAGAUAUACAAACAGUUCGAAUUUGUUUCUAUAUCUCAGAUUUCAUUGUUUUCAGCAGUUCUAAUGUCAGUCUCACAUAAAAGUACUCCCACUAAAUAUUUUUGUUUCCUUUAAGAAUGAUAAAUAUAAAUGUUGAUAAAUUUCACAU